AUGGCUGCAGCACCAGGAGCGAAGCCAGUGCGGGCUGCCCGGGAGGAACGACGUGGUCCGGUCUUCACGCGUGCACCUCCCGAGCGGGUGGAGUUCCUCAACUCGUCCCAAGCAGUGGUGCCGUGCGAAGCCCAGGGUGUGCCUCGUCCCGAAGUGUGGUGGUGGCGCGUGGGCUCCGAUGGUCCCGCGCCAGACAUUCCCGGUCUACGUCACGUGCGAACGCACGACGGAGCACUUGUGUUCUCGCCGUUUCGCGCCGAGGAUUUCCGACAGGAUAUUCACGCCGCCGUGUACCGCUGCGGCGCCCGAAACUCCGUCGGCUCCGUCGUCAGCGGCGACGUCCACGUAAGGGCCGCAGUGAACCAGGAGUUCGAUGUACAAGUGUACGACGAGUUCGUCAUCAAAGGCAACACGGGCGUCCUACGCUGCCAGAUACCGAGCUUCGUCAAGGAAUACGUCUCGGUGACGUCAUGGGUGCGGGACGAUGGACUCGUCAUACACGCCGACACAGAUUCAAGUGGUCGCUACACUGUGUUUCCAUCUGGUGAGCUACACGUCCGCCAAGUGGACACGAGCACGGACAGCCACCGCAAGUACUAUUGCCAGGCCAAGCACAGACUCACGGGAAAAGUCUUCAGGAGCUCUACACUUGCCAGACUGAUCAUCAUUGACACGCACGUGAACACAGCGCCGAGACUGACCGAUCGCAGGCCCGUGGUGCGGGCACGCCAAGGAGACAACGUGAAGAUACCGUGCGCGGCGCAGGGUUACCCCAUUCCCACGUACUCCUGGCAUCGACUGGAAGGCGGCUGGAAGGUCUCUCUCGACUCGGCAGGUCGAGUGUCACAGGUUGACGGAACGCUCCUAUUCCGACGCGCCGUUGUUGGCGACGGUGGCAAGUACGUGUGCGUCGUCAACAAUUCCAUCGGUGAGGACAGGAUGGAGACGCAACUCACGAUCACAGCACCACUGACGGCGAUGGUUCGUCCGAGACGAAUGGUGGCCACCGAGGGUGCUCCGGCGACGCUGAAUUGCACCACCUCCGGUCACCCCGUGUCUUCCGUGGUGUGGCUCAAGAACGGUCAGCCCGUGGUCUCCUCGCGCGUCAAGAUGCUCACGCGGGAGAGACUGCACAUACCGAACGUGCUGCGGGACGACAAGGGAAUGUACCAGUGCUUCGCGCUCAACGACUACGACUGGGCGCAGGGAACGGCCGAGAUCACGCUGGGCGACGAUCCUCCCGUACUCGUUCACCGAUUUUCCGAGCAGACCGUGGAACCAGGCUCACCGGUGUCGCUCAAGUGCGCAGCGACGGGUGCACCCUUGCCUCAAAUCACGUGGAGUCUCGACGGAGAGCCUGUCAUCGAGAGCAUGCGAGUGCGCAUUGGGGAUUUCGUCACUAACGAGGGACAGGUGAACAGCUUCGUGAACGUAACGGCUGCGACAACCGAGGACGGCGGCCGAUACCAGUGUCACGCGAGCAACGACGUAGAAACUGUGUCCCACGGAGCGCGCAUGAACGUCAGGGGUCAUCCGUUCGUUCGUGUCAUGCGCAACGUGUCCGUUCUGGCAGGACGCACGCUGAUCGUCCACUGUCCGGCCGCCGGAUACCCGCUCACCCAGAUAUUCUGGCACAAAGGGGACGCCCGGCUCCCGCAGAGCAAGCGCCAGAGCGUGUUCCGAAACGGCACGCUCACCGUGCAUCGUGUAGAGCGGAAUGCCGACGAAGGUUUCUACAGAUGCACGGCCACAGGUCCCUCCGGGAGGUCUGCCUCCAGGGAACUCUACGUCAGCGUCAUGGUGGCGCCUGUUGUGGGUCCCUUCUCGUUUCCGGCGAACUUGAAAGAAGGCAUGCGGGCCAUCGUCACCUGCUCCGUGCUCGAAGGGGACAGCCCAGUACGCAUCCGAUGGCUCAAGGAUAGUGCGCCCGUGGCGCCGGACGGCAGGAACGUCAAGGUCGAAUCGAGCAACGAAUAUUCUUCCACGCUGUUCAUCAAACAGGUCGGCUACCGGCAUCGUGGCGAGUACACGUGCGUGGCAUCGAACUUGGCGGCGUCCGCGAACUAUUCUUCAAACAUGGUCGUGAACGUGCCUCCAAGAUGGAAAGUGGCUCCAAGAGAGAAGGCGGCGGUGGUUGGAGAAAACGUCGUGAUCGACUGCCAAGCUGAAGGUUUCCCUCCGCCAAGGAUAUGGUGGGAGAAAUCAUCAGCCGCAAGACCGACCGAGUACAAAGUGAUCAUCAGCAACUCUCACAUACACACGCUUGAAAACGGCUCGCUCAUGGUACGCGAGGCUGAGCGCAACGACACCGGCUUUUACCUCUGCCAGGCCAGCAACGGCGUUGGAUCCGGAAUUAGUAAGGUCAUCGAACUGAAAGUACAUGUGUCAGCCCACUUCAAAAACGCAUUCAACUUGAAAACUCUCCGCAAAGGCAACACGGCCCGCAUCAAAUGCGAAGUUUUUGGUGAAAAGCCAUUGUCCAUCUCAUGGAGCAAGAACGGCCAAUCGAUAUCUGCGAAGCAAGAUCACCGGUUUGAAAUAAAAACCAGCGAGACUGAAGACAGCGUCCAAUCACAACUGGAGAUUCAUGCCGUCGACCGGAGAGACUCGGCACUGUUCGCGUGUCAUGGCAGCAACAAACAUGGCAAGGAUGAAACUAGGACGCAGCUGAUUGUGCAAGAAGCUCCUGGGGCCCCGUUCAACGUGGGAACGUCUGAAGUCACAAGCCGGUCGAUGACAGUUUCCUGGGACCAGCCUUACACGGGGAACAGUCCCAUCUCUGCUUAUCGAGUGCAGAGCAAGACUUCAGGGACCAAAUGGAGUGGAGAUAUCAGGGAAAGUAGACUUCAAGGAAGAGUGACCACGCUUACUCUCAGGGAUCUUCGUCCAGUCACGACGUACCUCGUGAGAAUUCAAGCAGAGAACUCCUUGGGUGCUGGAGAGUUCAGUCAAGAAAUACAAGUCACAACCGAUGAAGAAGCGCCCGAAGGUCCACCACUGAAUGUACAAGCUUCUGCAGCGUCAUCAACAUCCUUGAAGGUAUCCUGGCAGCCACCUAAAAGGGAGUACCAGAACGGCCUGCUGAAGGGCUACUACGUUGGUUACAAGAAGCACGGCACUUCGGACACGUAUACUUACAAGACAGUCGACACAACGGGAAGCACCAGGGAAGAGGUGGUGCUUACUUCUCUCCAGCGGUCCACGAAGUACGCCGUGCUCGUGCAAGCAUUCAACGAAAAAGGAACGGGUCCACCGGCGAGGAAAUUCCAUCUUGAAACCUUCGAGAACGAUCCACCACCAUCGCCUACGUUAAGCGUCUUCAGCACGAGUUCAACGUCGAUUCAGUUGCAGUGGAGCCCAAACGAGGGCGAAGACACGUCUAUAAUUGGUUACUACAUCUACGUUAAGGCUGAGCACGGAACCUGGGAGGAGCAUCAGGUUUCCGCUCAUCAGACGACCCACACUUUCCAAGACCUUCUGUGUGGAACUAACUACCAGUUCUACGUCGCCUCCUACAACAAGAUGGGCAAAAGCGAUCCCAGCGAAGUGAUCUCGGCAAAAACUCAAGGAGCACCGCCAGUGCCUCCUAAGCGUGACGCCUUGAUAAGCGUCAACGGGACGAUGCUGAUGGUGCACCUGAGCAGCUGGAGCAGUGCGGGAUGUCCGAUCCAGUCGUUCACGGUUCACUACCGGAUAGAGGAGGAAGACUACGACUGGGUCCUAGUGUCCGACGCUAUACCGGCCGAGCAGAAAGUGCUUGUCAUUUCGGGCCUACUUCCGGGAAAGUGGUACCUACUGCGGGUGGCAGGUCACAGCGAAGCCGGUACAUCGGAACAGGAAUACACCUUCAGCACGCUCACGAAAACGGGAGCCAGCAUUCCACCACUGAACAGCCUCGAAAGCCGAAGACCGGCGUUCUACAAAAGCGUCAGCAUCAUGGUGCCCUUAGUGUGCGUGGUGGCGAUGCUCGUUCUCAUCGUGGCCGUGCUCGCUUUUAUCAUACCUCGGAGACGAAGACAGGCGACGCCUCAUCAUUACAGAGAUCCAUGUUCCGACGACAAGAAUAUGGAGGCUCUUAGCCUUUCCAUACUGAAACAGCCAGGAGAGCGCAUGGAAACGGCGAGCCCUGGAAAGGAGCAGCUCUACUAUCCAUCCCCUUACGCAAUGGGCCGAGUGCAGACAUUGAGUAAGCAAGGUGUCGGUCCCUCAGACACCGACGCUGCAGCAGCAGCUGUGCAAACACUGAAGAGGGCGAGACGAGAGCACAUCUACGAGGUACCUUACCCGAAAUGGAUUGAAGAGGAGGGCUACCCUUACGUGGCGGAUGGUCCAAAUGAACACGUGCCGAAUAUAUACCAGGCCCCUAAAAAAUCAGUUGCUCUUGGAGAAAAUAAUGUCACUUGCACUAAGCUUUUCUUUUCUCAAAUAACAGCAAUGACGUCAAAUAUGAACUCACGCACCCCUGCGCAUAUGACAAUCGAUGGAAGAAGGAUACUCAGAGACAGAGAAAGGAGCCACAGAACAGCGUUCAAGUCAUCGAGUCUCGCCUCAGAUGGUCAUUCUGCCGAUGACAGCGACAGUGAAGGCGCAUCGUACACGUUCCAUCGAACAAAGGUAGGAAGCUACGGAGAUCGCACGGAGAUCUCGGAGGCGGAGUGCGACCGAGAACAACACUCUUCUGGAAGCCUCAAGGAGCGUCUGAAGUCUGCAAUUACGUGCCUCAAGUGA